AUGGCAAGCGUUAGGCCAGCUUCAGCCGACAAUGUGAGUUCCGUGUUAUCGGUUUAUGACAGUUACGCCGAAAAGCAGCUGUUAGCCGCCUUGUACAGUCUCAUCUCGAUCGCCGGUGUGCUGGGUAACAGCUCUGUCUUGCUGGCCGUGGUUCUCUCCCGUAAACCUCGCACAACCACCAACGUUUUUGUGGUCAACUUGGCCGUGGCAGACCUCUUCACUUGUCUGAGUUUGCCCAUCAUGGUCUUGGCAGUGCUGAGCGAGAACAGGGAAAGGCUUCUCGUUUCACAUAGUCUCUGCGCUUUGCAGGGAUUUACAGCCAUCGUCUGCAUCGGAUGCAGCCUAAAUAACAUUGCGUCAAUCGCCGUCUAUCGCGCUUUGAUUACCCGCCGGAAAAGCCGGGGUGACCGGGUCUGGUUGUGCAAUCAUUAUCGUCUGGCAGCAAUGGUCGCUUUAACCUGGCUCAUCCCCCUGGUAGUCGGACUCUUGCCGAUUGUAUCUGAGUUUGGCUCUUACGAGUACGAUGAUAAGUUGAGCACAUGUUCCUUCAACCCGACAGCCCAGGGCUCCGGUACAUUCUCCAAAAUCACGGUGUCCCUCUACUACCCGUUACAAGUCUUGUGUAUCCUUACAAGUUACGCGUCCAUCUUCUUCAAAGUUCGAAGACAAGGAAGGAGAGUGAACGUCAUUCCCAACCAGCCCCUCGCUGUGGUUGGUGGAGUCAUGAGGCUACCUGCAAGACCAGGAACACCCCGGCAGCCACAUCUACCAGCCGAUGAACCUCCUCCAGCAAACAACCAUUUGUCGGUAUCUACUGCAAACAACCCAGUGCCGAGAGGAAGCAGUCCGUCCUCUUCAGCUUCCCACGCCACCCGGGAACAGCCGGCCAAUCGGAGGCACCUGUCUCGCCGAAGUGUCGGCAUCACGCGCAGCUUGUUUCUGGUCGUUUUGGUGUUCUUUGUGCUCGUCGCACCCUACUUCGUGACAGUCUCCGUCAUCUCAGACAUUUCCAAGAAGUUCAUUCCCUUCUUGGGCAUGAUCUGUGUCUCCAACAGCUGCAUGAAUCCUAUGAUUUAUGCGUCCCGUCACCCAGAUUUCAAGACAGUUAUCCGUUGCAUCGUGCUGUGUAGACUGUCGAAGAUACCCAUGAAAUCGUCGCUACUCCGACGCGUACUUUCAAGCAGAGGAUGA